AUGGAGGCCAGGGGUAAGAGCAACAUCGGCUGUGCUCAGCUGGCGCAGUUGGAGCAGGCCAUGGUCGACACGACCGCGCUGCAGCAACAGGCAGAUGCAGCGCUGGAGAGAAUUGCGAGGCAACAGACAGCCUUGAAGCGCAUGCCUGUGACGUGUCCUUCCUGCGGCACGCUGAACGUGCCCUCUCGUAUUUGGGGUGCUGGAGACCUGGUACCCUGCCAGGAAUGCAGUCAGCCGUUCUUGCCCUUGAGCAACAGUUUUCAGGAUUCGGACCUGGCGGUGCUUCGCGUGGCGGUGCGGAAGCUCCGGGACCAAGCCGAGCAGAUCCAAUAUCUGGAGUGCCUGGCCAAGCGUCGCCCCACGAGUCGGCCCACGAGCCCCGCGAGCCCAGCGCGGCCGAAGGGUCUGGCCAAGGCCCCCGAGCGCUCGACCUCACGGACUCGCCCCGGCCUGGCCAAGGCGCGGGACCGGAUUCUGCCAAUGUGA